AUGGACGGCGAGGACCAACCCAAAACCCCGCUGACCCCACUUGCGCCAGCGGGCAUUGAGAACAGAAUGCAAGUUGAUAAUGCUUUACGAGCAAUUCAUCAGAAGAAGCCUGUGCCAGAGAUUGAUUUUACUCUGCAUACUAUGGAAGAUGGAAGUCAAGUGAGCACGAUGGAAAGAGUGUGCAAAGAUGUACAAGCACCUGCCAUGGUCCCACCGACAGAUCAACAAUUCUUCUCGCCACAAGAUCCAUCCAAGCCAAAUUUACAAUUCUUGAAGCAACAUUUCUACAGAGAAGGUCGUUUGACCGAAGAACAAGCUCUUUUCAUUCUCGAAGAGGGUACAAAAGUAUUGAAGCAAGAACCUAACCUUCUGGAGAUGGAUGCGCCAAUCACAGUUUGUGGUGAUGUUCAUGGACAAUAUUACGAUUUAAUGAAGCUUUUUGAAGUUGGUGGAGAUCCAGCUGACACCAGAUACCUUUUCUUGGGAGAUUAUGUCGACAGAGGUUAUUUCAGUAUUGAGUGUGUGUUAUAUCUUUGGUCUUUAAAGAUCUGGUACCCAAACAGCUUGUGGCUACUUCGAGGAAACCAUGAAUGCAGGCAUUUGACAGAUUACUUCACAUUCAAGCUUGAAUGUAAGCACAAGUAUUCAGAGAGAAUCUACGAAGCAUGCAUGGAUUCAUUCUGUGCAUUGCCUUUAGCGGCUGUUAUGAACAAACAAUUCUUGUGUAUCCAUGGAGGUUUGAGUCCUGAGCUACACACUUUGGAUGAUCUUAAAAGCAUUGAUCGAUUCCGCGAACCUCCCACUCAUGGUCUUAUGUGCGAUAUCUUAUGGGCAGAUCCAUUGGAGGAAUUUGGACAAGAAAAAACUUCCGAGUUCUUCAUUCAUAAUCACGUUCGAGGUUGCUCAUACUUCUUCUCAUAUCCCGCUGCAUGCAACUUCCUUGAGAAAAACAACCUUCUUUCAAUCAUUCGAGCCCAUGAGGCACAAGAUGCUGGUUACAGAAUGUACAGAAAGACUCGCACAACCGGAUUUCCUAGUGUUAUGACCAUUUUCUCAGCACCCAAUUACCUCGAUGUCUACAACAACAAGGCCGCUGUAUUAAAGUAUGAGAACAACGUUAUGAACAUCAGACAGUUUAACUGCACUCCUCAUCCUUACUGGCUACCAAAUUUCAUGGACGUUUUCACUUGGUCUCUACCCUUCGUUGGAGAGAAGAUUACCGAUAUGUUACUCGCAAUUCUUAGCACUUCUUCUGAGGAUGAGCUCAAGGAUGAUCAAACUCCAUCAAGCACCUCUCCUGGUCCUAUAUCGCCACCAAUCAAUUCUCCAAUGGAUCCGGAAUCCAUCGAGUACAAGAGAAGAGCAAUCAAGAACAAAAUUCUUGCAAUCGGUCGUCUUUCCCGAGUCUUCCAAGUUUUGCGAGAAGAAUCCGAGAGAGUUACCGAGUUGAAGACUGCAGCUGGUGGUAGACUUCCAGCUGGAACUUUGAUGCUUGGAGCAGAAGGUAUCAAGAACGCGAUCACUAAUUUUGAGGAUGCACGAAAGGUUGAUUUGCAAAACGAACGUCUCCCACCUAGUCACGAAGAAGUCACGAGACAGAAUGAAGAGGGACGAGAGCAAGCAUUGGAGAGAGCGAAGAGGGAGGCUGAUAAUGACAAGGGGUUACAAUUGCUUUCCAGAAGGCUUAGCACUGAUCGUAAGAAAUAA